AUGUCGCUAUCCGAGGGAAUGUACAAUUCGACGCUCACUGGGGAUCUCAGCCACCGCAAUCCCAUGGCCGGCAGAUUCAGGAUGGAGUGGAGAGCACCUUCCGUCAUGUCAAUGGCCAUCCUCAUCCUCACAGUCCUACUCGGCUUCCCGGGCAACGGAACCGUUAUCUGGGUGACGGGCUUCAAAAUGAAGAGCAAGGCCCACACUGUGUGCUUCCUGAAUCUGGCUGCGGCUGACCUGAUGUUUUGCCUGUGUCUCCCCUUGUACAUGUUCUACCUUUCCGUGCUCCACUCUGGGGACAAUGGCAAUACCCUUUAUACCCUUGCGUCAUUGUUUGCACCAAUUCUGCUUCUAAACGCUUUAGCCAGCGUAUAUCUGUUAUGUCUGAUCAGCAUCUAUCGCUGUCUGGCUGUUACACGGCCCAUCUGGUUCCAGCAACAUCUGAAACUCGCAUGGGUACGUGUGACCUGCUUCGUGGUCUGGGUGAUAGCCACUGUCAAGAGCCUGCUUGUAAACUUCCUUCAGCGUCGUUUUUAUGCUGUGCGGAUUUUCGCUGCCUUCAGCUUCGCUCUCCCCUUUGUGAUUAUGAUCAGUUGCUACGCCGUCGUUGGCUGGAGGUUGAACGGGGAGGGGUUCACUAAGCCCAGGAAGCCCAUACGCCUGAUCGUGAUCGCGGUCGCCGCCUUUGUAAUCUGCUGGCUCCCCCUCAUAAUCUGCAUCAUCGCACGAAUCCCAUUUGAACGUUGGGACUGGAAGAUGUUCAUUCAAGCCCUGGCCUCAUUCAACAGCGCCCUCAACCCAAUUAUCUACGUUUUCGCCGGCAGCGACUUCCGUCAGGUCUUCAAGCGCUCCCUGCUUGCCUCGCUCCAGCUGGCCUUCACCGAGCAUGAGCGUCAGGAUGAGAUCCAGAACCGCAAUCCCACCUCCAACAGGAAUGUCUGA